CUGACGCCCAUCCCCACUCAUCUCCGCUUUCCAGUCUUCCUUUCCUUGCGUUUUUAUUCUCCUCUGUUGGUAGUCGUCUUUUUGGUUGUUUCAGAGGGAACGAGAGCGCGUUAUGUUGACGAAGAGGCUACAUUUGGCUGCGUUAGCUGGCCUUGCUCACUGGCAUGGUGUACUGGCAGCACCGUCGGGGACUGCGACUGCACCAUUCACUGUCCAGACUGGAGUGCCAACCCUGACAUUCUCGACGUCGGUCCCAAGUCCCUCAGCUUCAUUGGGUGCUACUUUGCCAUCUCAGGUCGCUUUGCCUCCUAGUCAAUGGUGGUGCAUAGGUCAAAUCUUCUGCGCCGGUUCACUUUUGCAGACUGUGAAUGUCGCCCAGCUAUAUCCAGACCCUAAGACAUUCGUGGACAAGCCAACAAAGAAAUCGUCUCAACAGGUCCUCUCGGAUUUUGGCGCGUUCAAUGUGUCUACUGUAACUGAGGGUGAUCUUGUCAAUUUUGUUGACAACGAUUUCUCGGGAGAAGGGCUUGAACUCGAAGGAAUUGCUUUGCAGGGUUUCAACGCUAAUCCUCCAUUCUUAAACAACGUCUCGGAUCCUUUGCUCAGGUCUUUUGCUCAAAUUGUCAAUAGCUAUUGGACGCAGCUAGCCAGGUCCACUAAUUAUUCUUCUACCUGUGAUGAUUAUCCUGGUGGCCAAUGCGAAGGCUCUUUUAUCCCGUUGAACCACAGCUUCGUCAUACCCGGCGGGCGAUUCAGAGAGCAAUAUUAUUGGGACAGUUAUUGGAUCAUUCAAGGUCUAAUUCAAUCACAACUGUAUGAAUCAAUCAAUGGCACGCUCCAAAAUUUUAUGGACGAGAUUGAGACUUUUGGUUUCAUACCUAACGGUGGAAGGAUUUACUACUUGAAUCGUUCGCAGCCGCCGUUGUUCAUUCAUAUGCUCUAUGAUUACGUUACGGCUACUAACGAUAGCUCGAUUCUAGAACGCGCCCUUCCUCUUGCUGAGGUCGAACUUACUUGGUGGCAAAACAACCGCACCAGUGAAGUCACGAGUCCAUUCACUGGUCAGACGUACGCGAUGGCGAGAUAUGCAGUGACCAAUACAGCGCCUCGUCCCGAGUCGUACCUGACUGACUAUCUCACGGCAAAUGACCCUACUCUCACGACUCCCUUGACCGAAGAACAGCGAGCUGACCUUUAUGGCGAGCUUGCUAGCGGCGCAGAGACCGGAUGGGAUUAUACUGCACGAUUUGAAUCCAUCCCGGCGCUCGGUAACCCUGGACUUCGGUCUUUGAACGUCAGCAACAACAUUCCUGUGUGUCUUAAUAGUAUUCUUUACAAGGCCCAUAUACUUCUGGCUGACCUUUACGGAAGCUCAAACGCGUCCGCAGCGGCAACCCAUCUUCAAGUGGCAGCGGGCAUACGUGCUGGCAUCCUUGACUUGUUUUGGAAUUCCACAAAACUUGCCUUCUAUGAUUUCAAUCUUACUUCUAAUGCACGCAACGACAUUUUCACGGCUGCUACGUUCUAUCCUCUGUGGAAUGGUAUCAUCCCCGAUGAAGUCCUUAGUUCACAAGAAAAUGCCUUUGGCUUCUUCGCGUCUUUGAAUAUGGUGUUCAACAGGUACAAUGGAACCUUCCCUACUACAUUCAUCGACUAUACAGGUUUGCAGUGGGAUGCUCCUAACACCUGGCCUCCUCAUCAAUAUAUUGCGCUCCAAGCGCUCCGUGCACUCCCAUCCAACCUUACUAGCAACCCUCUUCCCACACCACCCUCAAAUGAAUCGGCCUAUAGUCUAGUUCCUGUAGGUCAACUCGCGCUCACCGAAGCUCAACUUCCUGGGCAGCCUCUACGUGGUCCUCAGGCGAACCAGAAUGUUACCCAGACUGGCCCAGGGGCGGAUUUGAACGCGCUCAAUGGAACCGUUGUCAAUGGGGGUAAUGCCACUGCAGGGGAAGGCUGGAACCACGUUCUUCAACGUGAGUUGGCCAAUAGGUUCUUCACUAGUGCGCUCUGCAGCUGGCACGCUACCGGCGGAUCAAUCCCCGGAUACUUACCCCAGCUCUCUCCUGCUGAACUGAAUGUGACAAACAGCAUCGGAAACACUGGCAACAUGUUCGAGAAGUUCUCUAACUUGAAUGUCGACUCGUCUGGAUUUGGUGGGGAAUAUACAGUUCAAGCUGGAUUUGGUUGGACUAACGGUGCUGUGCUCUGGGUCGCCGCCACGUAUGGAGACUUGUUGGUCGCACCCGAGUGCCCACCUCUUUUGUACACCAGCACCAAUGCUGCUACUGGCUUGAGAUCAUCUUCAGCUGCAGUAUUAUUGGCUGUAGUAGUUUCCCUUCUCUUCCAUUCCCUGCUUUCUUGAGGAUAAAGGUUGAUAGCUCGAAAAGUGUUUUUUGUAAUCUGUACACAUUUAAUGUUGUUAAUCUUUUUUUUGAACACCUGUUUUGAAUAUACUGAUGAAGAGGUCUCACUGCGA